AUCACAUAUUAUAAUAAAUGAAAAGAGAAGAAAUAAAUAUUCUUCUUGGCAAAUAAAUAGAUAAAAGUGUUAGAAUAAAACGCAAAGAGAUAACAAAUCAUUAUGGAAUAAUAAACAAAAAGAUGGAUUUUUUCCAAGUUAUAAGAGAUAGGAAUAUUACAACUAGUAAGACAGAAACAACGGAAUAUUUCAUGAUAACGCAAGAAACACAAUAUAACUUGUAUGAAUAUGAUCAAAAAACUACAAGUGAAGAAGAAAUCAAAAUUACUCUGGAUCAGUUUUUAAUGAAUGAUAUGGAAAGAAAACCUAGAGUUGCAGAUAAAAAAAAUUCUUAUAAAGAUUCAUACGAUGAAUACAACAGCACUAAUCUUAAAAUAGAAUACGAACAGCAGCUGGAAUUUGAUAUAAAGGAAGGAAAAGUAUUGAAUUAUAGUCAGAAAGAAUCGAAGGAUAUAUCAAAAGGAGCAUUGAAAACAUUAAUAGAUUUAAAACGAUCGAAGAAUUGUACGAAGGAAGAGCUGAGCCAAAUCGGAAUUAAAGCAAUAGAAUGUCUUUUAUACGAUUAUCAGCGCACGAAAGACAUAAUGACCGCGAAGAUGAUUUUUUCGAGGACAUGGUUGGUUCUCCGAAUUUGGUUGUUAAUUUAUAUUUUUUUGGCAAUUCCUUGUUGGUGUCAAAGAGGAUGGUGUUGCUGCUGUUUCCGUUGUAAAUUUUGUUUUCCACGAAAAAGAAUCAUGUUCAUCAAACGAUAUUACGCAAUGAAUCCGCCUGGCAUUUUCGUGAAGGAUUUAAAAAAGGAGAAAGAAUCUAUUAAAUAUGAAGCUACUGAAUAUGAAUACAACACAUACAAGACUUUCGAAGCUGCAAUAAGAAAUAUAUGA